ACUAGGGGCUCAUGAGUGUUGUGUCUCCCUACCACUCGUUCGUGCGUAAUCCAAUGGCGCUAACCAACCACGGCCUUGCGCCGGCAGCCUGCUUCGGACGGCUGCCACUAACGCCGCCGCCGCAUCAGCUCGGCGUGGGCGUGGGGGCCUGGCGGAGGCAGCAGCGCUCGCAGAAAAGCUUGGUGGUGGCCAUGGCCGACCUGCUAGGCGACUUUGGCGCGCGCGACCCCUUCCCAGAGGAGAUCGAGAGCAAGUUCGGGGAGAAGGUGCUGGGCAACGUCGAUACCCUCCACCAAAUCCUCAUCCCCACCCUCUCCGUCCUCUCGCUCGCUCGCCUCCCCCUCGACCCCAGCCCCGCCCCUGUCGAUGCCGCCGAUGCCCGCCGCCUCCUCCACAAGGUGGUCGGCUGGCGCCUCCUCGACGACGCCGACCAGGGCAUGCGCCUGGAGUGCAUCUGGAAGGUCAGGGACGAAGCCUGCGGCCACGAGCUCGUCGCCAGGAUCAACGCCGCGGUUGACGGCGCCCCGGCCACUGUGCUCUUCGAGGCCCCCAACCAGGUCAGGGUGGAGCUGCAGACGCCCUCCGCCGCCGGCCUCACCGUCAACGACUUCAUCGUCGCGGCUCGCAUAGACCAGGUCAAGACGCUCGAUCUUAUCCCCAAGAAGAGAGUCUGGGCCUGAAUGAUUUUGGCCUCCCGUCUCGUCUCGUCUCGUCGCUUCACUUUCACUUCACUUGUAAUUUACUCCAGUAAUCCAGUCCACUCCCAAACAAGGAUGCAUACUCUACUAGUACUAGUUUUGGUUUGCAAUUGAAAUAUUUUCUUUCAAUGCAUUCGAAAUUGGGAAUUGA